AUGUAUGAAAAGGAACCAGAUUUAAAAAUAUUUGGAGCCGAAAAGCAACGAAAGCAGACUAGCGAUAUGGAAAGAAAACACGGCACCGCCUACACCAACUAUCUCAAUUCGUUCAUCAAGGUGGAGGACAGACGGUAUCUAACCAAUGAUAGUGCCAUGCACCGUCUAGUUCCCUUGAGAGCCACAGUGGGCACGAUGGUGAUGACACCUUCCCAGUUCAACGAGGUGCACCUUCCUGCCCUGGGAAAGUUCUUCUCUUUCAGCGAGAAAAGCGUCGCUAACGACCCGCUGACCAUGGCUCUUGCUGAGCGCGAGAAGCUAAAUGCAUCUAAAACGCUGUCGACCGUCAUCUUUGUGAGCACACGUGACUCCAAGGGUUUUAGUGUGUCGGGCUACAUUGACUUGGAGCAAAGCUUACGUAGCUUCAAGGCCGCUGGGGUCAAGGGUCACCCUUGGGCAGAUAUUUUUGCAGGCCGCCGCCGCCUAGAACCCAAUCAACAGGAUCUGAGCUUCAUCACUUGGAACAAUGGCAAGGUCUUUUACAACGAAUCCGAUAACUACAAGAUCAUUCCGGAUGCCGUCAAGGGCCUGUGUUUCUUGUACAAGGGCGAUGGCUCUCUGCUCACUAUUGAAAAAUAUAUCACCGAUGAGCAUCCACGAUGCAAAUUUAUAGAGUCUCCGAAACAUGGGUCGACUGUCAUUUACGAUCAUCGAAUACGACGGAAGAUGUGAUUGAAAUGUUUAACAAACAAAGUGGACCAACAAAUCGGAUUUUUAUUUGCCGCCAUAGCACAUUAAAAGUGAAAUUUGAAAGACUUCUUCAAUAAUUAAACUGCAGUUCCGCUAGAUAUGGUUCAAAAAAGCACUUCAAAAGGCCAAAAAAAGUCAAAGCAAUAUACCGAUCGUCAAAAUAUUUGGCACGCAAUCGAGAAAAGGAAAAACAAUCGAGCGGAGGAUGUGGCGAACGGCCGGCCAGACUGUCUGAUGCCUUCGACGUCAUGGACAAGCGCCGCGAAGCAUCCGGAGAGCACGUUGCGUAUACGAGAUGUGGGAUUGGCUCGCUCCCGACGACUGGAGAGAGUUCCCCGGCUGAGAUCCCAUUCUUGGCCGUGCCACUCGGUCCGGCAGUCAAUUCAGUAGGCGUGCGGAGCGCUCCAAGACUGGCUGCUUCCGUUGCGUGAAAAUAAAUUCCUAAGAAUAUCCCA